CUUAUGUCAAUUGUCCAGAUUGCUUAAAGCGUCUGUAAUUAUAUCAAAACAUGUUAUCUACUAUAAAUCCUGGUUAUAACACACGAUUUUCCCUCAUGGAACCUCGUGAUCCUAAUACAAUUAGUUGCAAGCUGUUCAUUCAUUAUUUUAUCAAAACGAUAAACAGAUGGACAUCAUGACCACAGUAAACGGAAAUGAACAUGUUAAACACGGAUUAGUCCCAAUGAAAAACAGCAAACUUUUGCAGUUGAAAGUCGAUCAUCUAUAUCAUAUUGCUCUUGACACGGAACAACAUGACCUGCAAACCAUGUUUGGUGAUGUCAAGUUUGUUUGCUUUGGUGGACAGGUUUCUCGAAUGGAAAGAUUUACAAGUUUUGUUAUUCAGGAAUUAGGAUUACAGCCGGGCACGGGCGAUACACCUACAAAUUAUGCAGCUGGGACUGAUCGAUAUGCCCUUUACAAAGCUGGACCGGUUCUUGCUGUUAGCCAUGGAAUUGGAAUCCCUUCCUUAUCGGUGGUGUUCAAUGAAAUAUUAAAGCUUGUACAUUAUGCUAAAUGUACUGAUGUCACAUUCUUUAGAAUAGGAACUUGUGGCGGAGUAGGUUUAGAACCAGGAACAGUUGUACUGACAGAAAAAGCAGUCGAUGGAGCAUUCCAGCCGUUCUUAUCCACGACUAUUCUCGGUAAGAAAGUGCAAAGACCUGCAUAUGUUGAGAAACCUCUUUUAGAAGAACUGCUUAGCUGUUCAGAAAAUACAGACGACUUUAAAACUGUCACCGGUACAACGAUGUGCACUGAUGAUUUUUAUGAAGGACAAGCCAGAUUAGAUGGAGCUUUUUGUGACUAUGACGAAGACGAUAAAAUGAAAUUUCUGAAUAACGUGAAAGCAAAUGGUGUUUGUAAUAUUGAAAUGGAAUCUCUUGGAUUUCUUGCCAUGUGUAAUCAUGCAGGAGUACCAGGAGCAGUUGCAUGUGUAACUUUACUUGACAGACUUAAAGGCGACUUCGUCAGUACGGAUUUCAGUCUUCUAAAAUCCUGGCAACAUAGGGCACAAAAACUCGUACUAAGAUUCAUCAAGCGACGGAUAACUCAACAAAACAGACACAAAAAUGGUUAAAUCCUCUCUGUUUUGAAAUGUCAACAAAUUUCCAAUUUAAAAGACAAAAGAAGCGAUAUUAAGCUCUGACAAGAUAUUUCUAUUGUUUGAAAUCUUAAUAUUUCAGGAAGAUUCCUCUGAUGAAAGCCAAAAACGUUCAAAUAUUUCUUGACUAUUACCUUUUAUGAAUUAGUUAUAUAUUUUGUACACACUUAUGUAUACUCUAGUUUAUAUAUAUAUAUACUAGAACAUCGCGGGUCCCUGACUGAUAUUAAAGUUUAUAACUAUG